AUGGUGGACGACGGAACACCAGCAAAGUCCGACUGCCUAGAGAGGAAGAAUAUCGGAAGGAAAGAAGGGUGGAAGUUGCAUUUCCCGGAAGAGCAGCAGCUGGUGCAUGGAGCGAGCAGCCAGGGAAAGUUCUUGGACGGCAUCUCCGUGUGCACAAUCAUGGUGAAAUCGUGCUGUGCAAUCAACUGCAACAACAAAUUCUCCCUUGGCAACAAUAUCUCAUUCCACAGGUUUCCUCUUGGGAAAAACGAUGUGUUAAAAAAGUGGGUUUGGAACAUCCGACGCAAGAAUUUCACUCCGACGCGACACCACGUGAUAUGCUCAGAACAUUUCCGUGAGACGGAUUACCUCGAAAACGUGGCUUCUGGGAGGCGGUACUUAAAGCCUGACGCGAUUCCAACUGUGUUCAAUAUACCCGAACGCCUGAAGAAGGGUGCUAAAAGAAGACGGCCCCUGGUCCGUCAUAACCCACCUGAUCCUCCACCAAGCCGUCCUUUGAAAGCCAAGGAGGGUGAAGCAGCCGUGCCCUCUCCUGGGAGCGACGUUGUGGGCCUGGAACAUUCGUACUCAAUCCCAGCUAGUCCAGUUCUGGAUCUUCAGUUGGCGUCGACACGGGAACAAGGCCCAACCAACGCCAUAUCGGGCAAAGGCCCUCCCCUUGUCCCAGCUAGGCCAUGGAGAGCAUGCCGGGAAAAAACGAGGCCAAAUGUCCCAGAGGAGCCCGUUGUCAACUCAGACGUACAGCGCCGGUGUUUCCGGGAGUUCUGCUACGAGGAGGUCGAAGGGCCCCGCAAAGUUUGCAGCCGGCUCUGGGAACUUUGCCACCAGUGGCUGAAGCCGGGAAAGCACACCAAGUUGCAGAUGCUGGAGCUGGUGAUCCUGGAGCAGUUCUUGGCCAUCCUACCUCAGGAGAUGCAGGACUACGUCAAGCAAGUGGGUCCGGUAAACUGUGACGAAGCGGUGUCCCUGUCUGAGGAUUACCUGCAUCAGCGAGGGGAAGAGGUGCGGAGGCCGCUGGCUGAGAUGGCGGCUAAUCUCCCUGAGUCAAAGAUGGCUCCUUCGGACGCUCGCCGUACGCCACACUUCAGACGGAUCUCCCAGAAGGGAGAGGGAAUGGCCACUUUGGAAGAUGGGACUGUGAGAGAGAACCCAGCAGAGAGCAUUCAAAAGGAAGGCCUUGUGUCAGAAGAAGGAGACAUUUCCUCUGUCAUUGUGAUUGUUGAAACCGACGUGUGGCCGAGCGAAGACGAAGGGGAGCCGUAUGGAGCAUCAUGGGAAGGAAGCAAAGUGGGGGAAGCCGAAGAGAAUUCUGGGAAUCCGGAUGGAACCAGGAUGCAAGAGGGAAGCGAAGCAGCGGGGAAGAAGGUCAAGACACUGGCAGCCGAGAAUGACCAAGCACAGGGAAAAGAAGCUGAGAGUCGGUUGGCCACACCUGAGCCAGAAAAAAGGGCAACUUUGGGGGAAAUGAGAGGGGACUCUCUCCAUAGUCCUAAGAUGGAAGAGACAUCCAGAAGCCUGCAAGGUGCAGAAAAUCCCCAGGAAACUCCUCAAGGGACCCCAGCCAAAGAGAAUCCAUAUAAAUGCAUCCACUGUGGGGAAAGUUUCCAUAAGCGGUCUCAGCUGGUUAUACAUGAAAGGGACCAUGCUGGAGAGAAACCGUACAGUUGCUCCCAGUGCAGCCAGUGUUUCUCUUCCUGCCCCGAUCUUCUUAGCCAUGAAGCAACCCACACGGGAGAGAAACCGUACCAGUGCUCGGAGUGUGGGAAAAGCUUCCGGGAGAAAGCGUACCUCAUCCAACACCGGAGAAUCCACACAGGGGAGAGGCCAUACGCGUGCUCCGAGUGCGGGAAAAGCUUCUUCCGUCGAGGGUCUCUCAUUCUGCACGAGAGGAUGCACACGGGCGAGAAGCUGUACAGGUGCCCGGAUUGCGGGAAAACCUUCAACCGGAAGCCGCACCUUGCCGUCCACCGGAGGGUUCACACGGGGGAGAAACCGUACGAAUGCUCAGACUGCGGGAAGAACUUCAGUGUGAAAUCUGCGCUGAACGUGCACAUGAGAACUCAUUCUGAAGAGAAGCCCUUCCAGUGCUCUGAGUGUGGGAAGAGCUUCCGCGAGAAAGGCACCCUCAACAUACAUAAGCAGAGCCACACGGCGGAGAAACCGUAUCAGUGUGCCGAGUGUGGGAAAUGUUUCCGUUACACAGCUUCGUUCAGGAGGCACAAGAAGACCCACGCGGUGGGACCCAUCCAAAAAUCCUACGAGUGCCCUGAGUGCGGGAAAAGCUUCGGCCGUAAGGACUACCUUAUCACGCACCGGAGAAUUCACACGGGAGAGAAGCCUUAUAUGUGCUCGGUGUGCGGAAAGAGCUUCAAUCACGGCGCGACCCUCGUCACGCAUAAGAGGACCCACACGGGCGAGAAGCCUUACGAGUGCUCCGAGUGCGAGAAAAGCUUCAAGCAGAUUUCGGGCCUUAUCACCCACCGGAGGACCCACACGGGAGAGAAACCGUAUGAAUGUCCCGAGUGUGGGAAACGCUUCAUCCUGAAAUCGUACCUUGAUGUGCACAAGAGAAUCCACACUGGAGAGAGGCCUUAUCAGUGCUCGCACUGUGGGAAAGGCUUCUCAUGCUCCUCUUACCUUUUGAGGCAUGAGAAAACCCACACUGGUGAGCGAUCACACACGUGCGCUGACUGCGGCCAGAGCUUCCACUGGAAACGUUCCCUGAUCAUGCACAUGAGGAAACACACAGGGGAGCAGAACCUACACGAGUGUACGAUCUGUGGCAAAAACUUCAGCUGGUCCUCGGCCCUGAAUGUCCACAUGAAGACCCACACGGGGGAGAAACCGUACGAGUGCCCCGAGUGCGGGAAGAGCUUCAGCAGCAAAUGGAUCCUCAUUCAGCACCAGAGGAUCCACACGGGCGAGAAACCCCAUGAGUGCCCCGAGUGCGGGAAAAGCUUCCAUGCGAAAUCGUCCCUCCUCGCGCACCAGCGGACCCACACGGGUGAGAAGCCGCACGAGUGCCCCGAGUGCGGGAAAAGCUACAGCGUGAAAGCCAACUUCGUGGCGCACCAGCGGACCCACACGGGCGAGAAGCCGUACGAGUGCCCCGAGUGUGGGAAAAGCUUCUAUAAGAAAGACCGCCUGAUGACGCACAAGAGGACCCACACGGGGGAGAAGCCAUACCAGUGCUUGGAGUGCGGGAAAGGGUUCAAUUGGAAGGUCGGCCUGAUCAACCACAUGAGGAUCCACACCGGCGAGAAGCCGUACGCCUGUGCCGAGUGCGGGAAGUGUUUCCAUAAAAAAGACCACCUUGCUCGGCAUGAGAUCAUCCACACGGGAGAGAAGCCGUAUGCCUGCUUCGACUGCGGUAAAAAGUUUAACCAAAAAGUUGCCCUCCUCGUGCACAGCAGGACUCACACGGGAGAGAAGCCGUAUAAAUGCUCGGAAUGUGGGAAAAGCUUCAGCUGGAAAAAAUCCCUGGUCACCCACAAGGCGGCCCACACGGGAAAGAAGCCCUAUCAGUGCUCCGAGUGUACGGAAAGCUUCAGUAGGCGAUCCCAGCUUGCAGAACAUGAAAGGACCCACACAGGUUUUGUUGCUGGCACUUCAGAACUCUCUGUGGAAGAAAUCAGCACGGCCGUGAUGAGCUUGGACUGCAAUACAAUUAUUUUAACCACUGCUGUAUAGCUUGGGAUCAUCCGAAAGCUGAACCGGGGCUUUUGGAAUCCAGCCGAUUUGCCAGACCUGAUUUUUAAAAAAAAGCUUUUUCAUGAGCCGCUACAGCACAGCAUCUUUAAACAUUGUCAAGAACUCUGUGAAACUCAUCCCUUUCAGGGUCUAGGUGACCUUUCAGCUGCUUCAAGGAUAACUACAAUUUCUCUUAAGAUUAUUUUUCCCUAGCAACCCUCCUCGUCUUCCAGUUAAAGUCGCCUUCCAAGCUGUAAUGUUGAACCGUUGUCUUCGCUUGCAUUUUCCGAAGGACAUAGAUCCGAAUAAAAUCCUUUUCUCGACUGCA